AUGCGAGAGGAAACUCAGGGAUCAACUGGAUGGGAUAGAAUGGGCAAACUGAUGCUGAUAAUAGGUGACUUCAAUCAAGCUGAAGAAUUUUACAAUGAGUUACUCAAGAACGCCUCCAAAGAUAGUGAUAAAGCAUUUACUUAUCACCAGCUUGGGAUUUUGAAAAACGAUCAAGGACAAUACAAAGAAGCAGCUGGAUUUUAUAAGAAAUCACUUGAAAUCAAGCGAAAGACUCUUUCGGAAGAUCAUUCUUCAUUGGCUUACACCUACAACAACAUCGGUCUUGUGUAUAGCAACAUGCGUAACUACCCGAAAGCACUUAAAUUUUACGAAAAGGCACAUAAAAUCUACGAAAAAUCUCUGCCUCCAAAUCAUCCUGAUUUGGCUACUUUCUACACCAACAUCGGUGAAGUGUGUAGAAACAUGGGUAACUACUCGGAAGCACUUGAAUUUCACGACAAAGCACUUAAAAUAAGAGAAAAAACUCUGCCUUCGAAUCAUCCUGAUUUGGCUCAAUCCUACAACAACAUCGCUGCAGCGUACUACAGCACGCGUAGCUACUCGAAAGCACUUGAAUUUAACGACAAAGCACUCAAAAUAAAAGAAAAAGUUCUGCCUCCAAAUCAUCCUCAUUUGGCUAUUUCCUACAACAACAUCGGCAUGGCCUAUUCCGGCAAAGGUGACUAUACGAAAGCACUUUCAUAUCUAGAAAAGACACUUGCCAUCGAACAAAGCUCCCUUCCACCAACACAUCCAACUAUUAAAACAACAAUAAAAAGCAUUAACACUGUGAAAAAGAAAAUGUAA